UUUAAACAACCAGUUGUCGGGACAAGCUAGCAAGCUAGCUCAGUAUACAAAGUGUCCAGAAACAGAUGUCGUUUUAGGAAAAAUGGAACGAAAACUGAACGAAGAGGAACUGCAAGAUUUGUACGCAUGGAUAGACAAAAUAUCUCUGUCCCGGCCCAAGAGACACAUCACAAGAGACUUCAGUGACGGAGUGAUGGCUGCAGAGGUUGUCAAAUAUUUCUUCCCAAAGCUAAUUGACCCGCACAACUACAUCUCUGCAAACUCCACUCAGCAGAAGCUCGGUAACUGGAACCUUCUCAACAGGAAGGUAUUUUCCAAGCUGAACUUCCACGUGCCUGAGGAGACAGUGAGGAAGAUUGUACUGAGCACUUCAGGAGUAAUAGAGCCAGUACUGAGCGCCCUCAGGCAGAAGAUAGACAAGAAACUGGAGCAGACUACAGAGAAUAUACUGAAUGUGGAAUACUAUGACACCAGAAACCAGGAGAAACUUAAUACAGAAGGUCCUCAGACUGAAGCAGAACGUGUGGCUGAGCCGGCACGAGAUACCAUGAAAAAAGAUGAAAAGAGCAGAAUAAAAAAUGGCGGUAAGCCACAGAACACAGCACAGUUUUACCCAGACAUGGACCCUUCUGUACGGCUAAUCCUGCAGGAAAAAGAGAAAGAUGUCAUGGCUUUGCAGGAGACUGUGGAGAUCAUGCAGAUGAAAGUGAACAGGUUAGAGCAUCUGGUGCACUUGAAGGACAUGCGUAUUGAAGACCUGAUGCGGCAUCUGGAGAAGUACAAAGCUAAAGGCAGUACUCAAUGAUACACACACAUGUACACAGAGAAUGUGUAAUAGUAGCUCUGUGACUCUUUAACAUCA